AUGGCACAACACCGAAAAAAUAUUUCUUUUUUGCUUUUUUUACUACUAUUAUCACUUCCACUUUUCACCAAUGCAUCAUUGGUUUCUAGUGCUAAAAAUGGGAACUAUGCGUCCUUGAAUUUCCAAAAGAAAAUAGGUGUAGAUUACGCAAAUGCUAUUCCAGUCGACCAAAGCAAACAUUCUAAGCCAUAUGUUAUUAAACAUGUUGCCAAAACUACCAACAAAAACACUCCUACUAAUUCUAAUGACACAGAUGUUUCCUUUGAAAUAGUUAAUCUAAUUAACUUUUAUGCAGCUGAGAUUGGGAUUGGUAGUCCGGAGAUACAAAAUGUUACGGUUUUAUUAGACACAGGGUCUAGCGAUUUGUGGGUUGUAGGUAGUGAUAAUCCAUAUUGUGAUGCCAAUUUUGAUUUGGAUAGUUCAGACAUAGAGGAAUAUGACGAAGAAUUUGUUGAAUAUUUGGAUGAAAAUGAUAUUGGAUUAGAUGUGGACGAAAAAGAAGUUGUCAUUACUACUGAAGACUUUGAUAACUUAGUUGGUAAAAGAUUUAUUUCUGACGAAUUGGAAAAAAAAAAAUUCCCUAAAAGAGAUGUUUAUAGUGGUGGCGAUGAUGAUGGUGAUGAUAUUGAUUCUGCCAUUAGCGAUGCUUUUAAUUCUUAUUCAGAUGAUAUCUGGAAUUAUUAUACUUCUGCUAUUGAUGGUUUUUAUACCCAAACUUAUAAUGAUUACACUUCCACAUAUGAUAAUACCAUUGCAACCGAUUGCGAGUUAUAUGGUACUUUUGACUCGAACAAAUCUAAGACCUUUAAGAAGAAUGAUACAGAAUUCUAUAUUGUCUAUGGUGACGAUUCAUCUGCGUUGGGUAAUUGGGCUACUGAUAAAGUAUAUGUAGAUGGUCUUGAAGUUGAUGGUUUAACUUUUGCUGUUGCCAAUAUGAGUGAUUCUAGUACUGGUGUACUAGGAAUUGGUUUGAUGACUGAUGAAGCUACCGAAUUUGAUGCAUCUGCUGUUCUACAUCAAAGUAAAAACUUCACUUAUCCAAACCUACCAGUUGUUCUAAAGCAGAACGGUAUUAUUAAUUCAACAUCGUAUUCCUUAUACUUGAAUGAUUCUGAUUCUUCUUCAGGUACUGUACUAUUUGGUGCUGUUGACCAUUCGAAAUAUUUAGGUCAAUUAUAUACUUUACCUUUAAUCAAUAUCUACAAAAAAUAUGGUAUCAAGAAUGUCACUGAAUUUGAUGUUACAUUACAAGGGUUAGGUUUUGUAGAUGGUGACAACAACUAUACUUUUACAAACACCAAGAUUCCAGCUCUAUUAGAUUCUGGUACCACUUUACUUUAUUUACCAGACUAUUUACUUGAAUACAUAGCUGAUUCUUUUUCCGCUUAUUAUACGGAAGACUUGGGUCUUUAUAUUAUUGGCUGCGAUAAAGUUUCUGAUGAUCAAUAUAUGGUUUUUGAUUUUGGUGGGUUUCACAUUAAUAUUCCAUUUGUUGAUUUUGUUUUAACUACUGAUGAUGAAGAUAUUUGUGUGUUAGGUAUUUCUGGUAGUGGUGAUUUGAACAAUGCUAUUUUGGGCGAUUCAUUUUUGAGAUCUACAUAUGUUGUUUACGAUUUGGACAAUUUAGAAAUUGCCAUGGCUCCAGCUAAUUCCUCCUCUUCCUCUUCUUUAUCUUUAUCCAUGGUGGAAGGUGAAGACAAUGUUUCCAAUUUGGACAAAGAUGCAGAGGUUCAAAAAAAACAUACAACUGCUAGUAGCAACAGUAGCAGUAGUGACAAUAAAAGUAAAGAUAGUAGCAGCGGCAGCAGCAGCAGCAGCAGUGUUAAUAAUAUUACUAAUACUUUGUCUGCUUCAUAUAGUUAUGCAACUGGAAACAAUAUUGAAGUUAUUGGUACCACCAUACCACGUGCCAUCAAGGCCCCAGGUUACUCAAACACUUGGACUGAUUUUGUUACAAGAUUUAAUACUAGCGGUAAUAUUUUUACUAUUUUCAAUGCUACAAAUAAUUAUUUCCCAACUGUUUCUAUUUCAACUAAUUCAUCCUCGACCUACAAAUCGACUGGAGCUUUUGGCAGUAAAACCAGCAGGUCUUAUGAAACAGGCCAUAAGAAAUACCAUUCUUUUGCCACGUAUAUAAUCAAGGCAGCCACUAACAAUAGCAGUAAUAGCACUACCAGUACGACCAGUAAGAAUGGUGCUGUAAACACUCACUAUGGCAAUGCUUCUAUCUUUGGAUUAAUGUCAUUAUUACUUGGUGUGGUUAUUAGCUUAAUGUAA